UUUUGUUUGGCUCAGAGCUUCUGGUUUGGCUGUGGAGAAGUUGAUUCUAAGACAUCCGAUCAGAAAGAAUAAGUGGCUGUGAUGGAUUCUCCCAGUAAAGAGAAGGGAAUUGGUAAAUCUCGACACGCGAAGCGUGGACAGAACCCCUCUAACCACUCCACUACCCAGAAAAAUGCUUAUGCCAGACUACUCGGUCAGCAUCAGAACGGCAUAUUUCGGUCAUAUCUCCAACAGUUUGCACAGCAGCAGUCACAAACGGACGAGGUCGGGGAGUCAACUCCCAUUAUGACCUCAAGCGAACAAAGGCAGAGAAAAAGCGAUCAUGACAUUUUGGAGUUACCGAACCCCUAUGAGCGCUCACCCUCGCGACAGAAAAGCAAAGGCGAAGAGAGCUCUGUGUCCCUUCUUAUGGAGAAGUUGAACCAUCAAGGGACACCCUCUGAAGGCCAGAGGAACAAACCUGAGGGCCCAGAAAGACGACAUCAGGAAAGGAGGGACACCUACGGUAGUCAAGACGGGGAUAUGGAGUCAGACGAUGGAAUUUUACCCAGAAAGAUUGUCUCGAGACAUCAAAGGAAAAAACAGCAGGCAAAAGAAAUGAAAGGCAGCGGAAGUCACGUGGGGAGUAAGGAGUGCGAGACUCAAAGAGCUAGUGAUUCGUGUGGGCCAAACAGCGGGGAAGAAAAAAAGAAGAAAAAAACGAAGAAGAAAUCCAAAACAAAAACAAAAAGAGAUGGAGAUUGUAGCCCUGAGACAGAUGAGAUGCAAAGCACAGGGAAAUCUUCAGACCCACCGAAAAAAAUUGACACCCUGCAAACCCAAGCCUCAAAUACACCUCCAGCUGAUAAGAUCAGAACAAACAGAUGUGGCAGAGGAUCGAAAAAGCAAAUAUUUGAAGACUACAUGUCCACACAUGAUGUGUCUGCUGGUCUCAAGAGAGAAGAAUUGAUUCAGGGGCCAUUGAGAAUCAACCCCAAAAAAUUUAAUGAGGCCUUCAUUCCAUCUCCUGAUGGUUCAGCAGAUAUAUUUCUGGACGGCGUUGUUGCUCGUAACAGAGCUCUGAAUGGAGACGUGGUGGUGGUACAGGUUCUUCCUCCAGAGCAGUGGAAGGUGGUGGGGGGAGACCCACAGACUCCCGCGGGGAAAGCGUCUGAGAAGGAGAGGACAGAGGUCCCGGCAAGUCCUGACAUUAUAGUGGAGGCCCAGUACAGUGAUGAAGAUCUCGUCAACAGGGUGGAGAACAUGAUUCUCACUGGAAAAGUUCCUGUCACUCCAAAAAAUGAUGAAAACAUACACAAAGAUAUGUUUGACACCCCUGGCUCUAAGGCAGAGAGAGCUGUACAACGGACUGCAAAGGUGGUCUUCAUCACUGAACAGAAGCACUCCAGAGCAGCAUCAGGUUUUAUCAAGUUCCUCCCGGACAAGAACUUUGCAAUGUUCUCUCCUGUUGACUAUCGAGUGCCGAGGGUCAAUGUGCCACUGUCAGACUGCCCUGCCGACUUCCCCUCCCGGCCAUCUGACUACGCCAACACCCUCUUCAUCUGCCGCAUCACCCACUGGCCUGCUGAUAGCAAUUUUGCAGAAGGGCGCCUUGCUAAGAGUUUAGGCCAAGCUGGUGAGAUUGAGCCUGAAACUGAAGCUAUCCUAACAGAGUAUGAUGUCGACUUCUCUGAAUUUUCGGAGGAAGUGUUGGCCUGUCUCCCCCAAGCCCUGCCUUGGACCAUUCCCCCAGAGGAGCUCUCCAAAAGGAGGGAUCUCAGGAGGGAAUGCAUAUUCACAAUUGACCCAUCGACUGCUAGAGAUCUGGAUGAUGCCUUGUCUUGCAAACAGCUCCCAGACGGGAACUUUGAAGUUGGCGUACACAUUGCUGAUGUGAGUUAUUUUGUGAAGGAAGGGAGCGCAUUGGAUUUUGUUGCUGGCUGUCGAGCCACCAGCGUCUAUAUGGUUCAGAAGGUUAUCCCCAUGUUGCCGCGUCUUCUCUGUGAAGAGCUGUGCAGUUUGAAUCCUCUUACUGACCGGCUGACUUUCUCUGUCAUCUGGAAACUCUCCCCGGAGGGAAAGAUCCUUAGCGAGUGGUUCGGUCGCUCUGUGAUCCGCUCCUGUGUGAAACUCAGCUACGACCACGCUCAGAGCAUGAUCGAGGAUCCCGACAAACUCUUUACCGCCGAGGAGCUCCCGCCUUGCUCUCCGGAACAUUCUGUGGACGAGAUCCACCGGGCCGUCCUCGACCUGCACAGCAUCGCCAAGAAACUGCGCAGUCAGCGUUUUGAGGGCGGGGCACUGCGACUGGAAAGGCUGAAACUCUCCUUCACUCUCGAUAAAGAUUCUGGGAUGCCCCAAGGAUGCUACGUUUACCAGUACAGAGACAGCAACAAGCUGGUAGAGGAGUUUAUGCUGUUGGCCAACAUGGCGGUGGCACAUAAAGUAUACGGAUCGUUCCCAGAGCUGGCCUUACUGCGACGCCACCCGCCUCCCCAGACCAAAAUGGUCGACGACCUGAAGGAGUUCUGUGACCAGAUGGGCCUGGACAUCGAUCUGUCUUCCUCUGGGGCACUGCAUCGGAGUCUUAAUGAAACUCUUGGCAAUGACCCGUACACCAGUGCCAGGAAGGAAGUGCUCUCUCACAUGUGUUCCAAGCCCAUGCAGAUAGCUCUCUAUUUCUGCACUGGAGCAUUGAAAGAUGAGAAGUUGUUUCGUCACUACGCCCUUAACGUACCCCUGUACACGCACUUCACCUCUCCCAUCAGACGGUACGCAGAUGUCAUUGUACACCGUCUGCUGGCUGCCUCACUGCGCUGUGGACCACAGUUGGGUCUCUCCGUAGAGGAGGUGCAUAAACAGGCCUGCCACUGCAACGAUAAGAAGACGGCAUCUAAGAGAGUGCAGGAACUGAGUGCGGAGCUGUUCUUUGCCGUCUUUGUGAAGGAGUGUGGUCCACUGGACUCUGAGGCCAUGGUGAUGGGAGUACUGGACCGCUCCUUUGACGUUCUUGUACUGAGGUACGGGGUGCAGAAAAGGAUUUACUGCAAUUCUGUGGAAGGCCUGGAGUCCUUUCGAUUCCGUAAGGUGGGCAAACGUCCGGAGAUGACCCUGGUCUGGGCGACAGAUGACCCGGAGAAGGGCUCUGUAGAGCAGGAGAUCUCCAUCUUCACUCUGCUUGAAGUAACACUGAAAUCUGACGGAGCUCCGUUAAAGUACAGUGCUGUGCUGAAGAGACCCCUGGAAAUCAACUCAUAAGACACACACACACACACACUCACACUUGUUAAUGAAUCCAGCAUUUCCAGACAGAGAAACUAAAGCCUAGAGUACACACACACACACACACGUUAAUGAAUCCAGCAUUUCCAGACAGAGAAACUAAAGCCUUGUGUUACUGUGUUUCUUUAAAGGGUUUGAGUGAAAAGGCACAGGUUUGGGUUUCUUCUUUUAAAACAAACUCAUGACUUUGUUUUGUUGAUUUAUUUCCUGACUGGACGGCACAAAGAUAUGAUACACAUUUGUAUCACUAGUAAUAACUAACUAAACCAGCUGCUCUCAUAGCCAUUCUUUAGUAUUCAAAACGUUAAAUGAGCAUUCAGUAGUUUCAGUGGUUUUUAAAUUCAGUAGUUUUACUCUGUGAAGACUUAGCUUAUGCAGUGAGUGUGUUUUUUUGAGCACAAGUUUGUUUUAAAAGCCAAAUAUAGUAGAAGAUCUUUUUUUUUUCUUUUAAGUGGCAAAGGUACUGAUUGUGUUGAAGUAAGUUAGUAUGCAAAGGUCUUCUAGAAUGUCACAAAAGGAAACUGAGAAAACUAUUGCUAUUAUGUUUACAAGACAACUUACUACAUACUAAACUGACCAGUGGUAACAUCCUGCACAUUUUUUUGAUCUCACAGGCAGUGUAAGCUUUUAUUAAGCUAUCGCAGUUUACACCUUGUUAAAAUCUCACACAGUCCACUCUGGAUUCGUAUCAAGCUGCUUCAGUUAUUCUCUUACUGUGAGGCCUUGGCAUAUUCUAACAUUAAAAAAAAAUGUCUGU